GCUCAAUCAACGGUCACACUUCGUUUAUGCUAAAAACAGGCGCCAAUUUGUGUGAUUUUUAUAAACAAUUUUAAAUCAGAAUUAUGCAGGCCAAAGCAACCGACAGUCGGCAGGAACCAACGCUGCAUAUGGACACAAAUGCGCGUCGCAAUUUCAUAAAAUACCUGGCAAAACUUGGCGAGAAACCCGGGACUACAGUGCGCUUUUUCGACCACUCCGAUUGCUAUACGGUCCAUGGCGGCGAUGACUGCGAACUGGUGGCCAAGAUCGUGUACAAAUCCACGGCGUUCAUUGGCUUCCUGCUGCCGGAGGACAAGAAGGAUACCCUGCAGUUUGUGUCCAUGUCCAAGGGAAACUUCGAGUUGGCUGUCCGGGAACUGCUCCUGGUGCGGAAUCUCCGGGUGGAAGUGUAUGUGAAGAAUUCCAGCGACUGGCAACUGGAGUACCGUGGGUCACCCGGCAAUCUGCUGCAAUUCGAGGACAUCCUGUUCGCCAACAAGGAAGUUCUAGUCGGCAACAGCAUCAUCUCGCUGCUGGUCAAACUGGAAGGCGGUGGCCAGCGUCGCGUGGGCGUGGCCAGUGUGGAGCAGAACGACUGCAAGUUUCAGCUGCUCGAGUUCCUCGACGAUGACUUCUUCACCGAACUGGAGGCCACCGUGGUGCUCCUGGGUCCCAAGGAAUGCCUACUGCCCAGUUCGGAGGGCGACUAUGCGGCCGUGAAGACACUGCUCGAACGGAACGGCGUCAUGAUCACCGUGCCCAAGAAGAGCAGCUCCAAUGAUCUGCUGCAGGAUCUGAAUCGCCUGCUGCGUUUCGCCAAGGGACAACAGGAGGAUGCCACCGGCCUAAAGGAGCUCCAGCUUCAGCUGGCCUCCAAUGCACUAAAGACGGCCAUCAAGUACCUGGAUCUGGUCAACGAUGCCGGUAACCUGGGGCACUACGAGAUCAAGCAACUGGACCUUAAUCGCUUUGUCCACCUGGACUCGGCUGCCGUGGCGGCCUUGAACAUCAUGCCCAAGCCGGGCACCCAUCCCUCCAUGCCCUCGUACCGCUGGCAGAGCAUUCUGGGUGUGCUGGACCAUUGUCGAACGCCGCAGGGUCACCGCCUGAUGGGUCAGUGGGUUAAGCAGCCACUGCGAAGCCGAGAUGUCCUCAAUGAUCGUCACAAUAUCGUUCAGUGCCUGCUAGAAUCGCCGGAUACAAUGGAGACACUUAGUCUGGAUUAUUUGAAGCGCAUUCCGGACAUCCUAAUGUUGACCAAGAAGCUGAUGCGUCGCAAGGCAAACCUGCAGGAUUUAUUCCGGAUCUACCAGGUUAUUUUACGGACGCCAAAGAUUUUGAAGCUUCUGCUCGAGCUUGAGAACUCCACGAUAGAGAAUGUGAUCUGUGCGCCUUUUAAAAGUUUCCUGGAGGAUCUGACCGGACUGAAGCAAAUGGUCGAGCAGGUGGUUGACUUUGAGGCCAUCGAAAGAGGCGAGUAUCUGGUGAAGGCCUCGUUCGACAGUCGACUGAUGGAGCUGCAGCAGACCAUGACCGAGCUUUAUUCGAAAAUGGAACGGCUGCAGACCAAGUGCAGCCAGGAGUUGGAUUUGGAUGGGAAGAAUAUGGUAAAGCUGGAAAAUGUGGCCAAACUUGGCCACCAUUUCCGUAUCACCUUGAAGGAUGAUUCUGUGCUGCGCAAAAACAAAAACUAUCGCAUUGUGGACGUAAUCAAGGGCGGCGUUCGCUUCACAUCCGAUAAGUUGGAGGGCUACGCCGAAGAGUUUGGCAGCUGUAGAACUCGCUACGAGGAGCAACAACUGUCCAUUGUGGAGGAGAUCAUUCAGGUGGCUGUGGGCUAUGCAGCCCCACUUACGUCACUGAACAAUGAGCUUGCCCAGCUGGACUGUUUGGUCAGCUUUGCCAUCGCCGCCCGCAGUGCUCCCACGCCCUAUGUGCGACCCAAAAUGCUGGAGGAGGGCGCCCGCGAAUUGGUUCUCCAGGAUGUGCGUCAUCCCUGCUUAGAGCUGCAGGAGCACGUCAGCUUCAUCGCCAACAGCGUAGACUUUAAAAAAGAGAAAUGCAACAUGUUUAUCAUCACGGGACCAAAUAUGGGCGGAAAGAGCACCUACAUACGCUCUGUGGGCACUGCUGUGCUGAUGGCCCAUGUCGGUGCUUUUGUGCCUUGCAGCUUGGCCACAAUCAGCAUGGUGGACUCCAUCCUCGGAAGAGUUGGAGCUAGUGAUAACAUCAUCAAGGGCUUGAGCACAUUUAUGGUGGAGAUGAUUGAAACGUCUGGAAUAAUAAGGACCGCCACUGAAAAAUCCUUGGUGAUUAUUGAUGAACUAGGUCGUGGCACUUCAACGUACGAGGGCUGUGGCAUCGCCUGGUCCAUUGCCGAACAUCUGGCCAAAGAGACCAAGUGCUUCACUUUGUUCGCCACUCAUUUCCAUGAGAUCACCAAGCUGGCCGAGACACUGCCCACGGUUAGAAACUGUCAUAUGGCUGCAGUGGCGGAUGCGGACAACUUUACCCUGCUGUACCAAGUGCGACCAGGUGUCAUGGAGAAGAGCUUUGGCAUUCAGGUGGCGCGCUUGACCAAUUUUCCCGAGCAUGUCGUCCAGAAUGCGCAGGAGGUGUACAAUGAGUUCGAGGACGAGCAUGUGGACAAGCAGAAAAAGGAGGACAAGGCAAUCCUGGAGAAGAUCCAAGUGGCCAUUCAACAGCUGUCGACAGCCGGCAACAACGUGGACAUCAACGUCGAGGACUUGACCCAGCUGGUCACCCAGUUCACGAAGGACAUCGAGCAGCUGGAUAGCGAUUACUUCAAAUCCGUGCUGGCCACUAGUGAGGCUUAAAUGUGAAUAAAAAGGUAAAUCAUUUUUUUAUCAAGCAGUAUUAAUAUCAACAGGGGCAAAAUGGGGGAUAUACAAAAAUGAAUAUAUAUAUGUCCGUCAUGGAUUUAUUUAUCCACAUUUUAUUUGGCCUUUUCGUCUUUAAUACUUAUUUUUCGAAUAUUUUUUUUUUAAUUUUUAUUUCAUUAUUCUAUGUGCAUAAAUCUUAAAAUUAAUUUGAAAAUGUAUGUUUCUGGUUGCAAACCAUAGUUUUGCGUUGCCAAACAGGCUAUCUAUGAAGUUAGUUGGUUAAUUAAGUAUUUCUUCCAUUGUAAUGUUAACAUUUAUAAUAAGAGCGAUCAACUCAAGGAGCUGGUGGCUGAAUUUGAAACUUGAAGAAAAUACUCCCAUACCAUUUAUAUUUUAAUAAAUAAACGCCAUUACAUAUA